AACACGUUGAGGUAGUCUGGGCAGGUAGAGGGUAUGUGAGUGUGUCUUGUCUCUGGCUCGACAUCUGACAGCAUUUAGAACCGAUUCGUGGGAUAAAUAAGGAAAGAUAAAGGUACUAAUGUCAGAUAGCAGGAUUCGGUCAGCUAGUGCGGCGCUUCAAUAUUUCCUCUUCAUUGGCCAUUCUUAGGAUGUCUCUGGAUUAAUAACCACUCUAAACAGACAGAAGUGCUGCAGGAGAACACCGGUGCCUUGAGAACAUACACAUUUCACACUCACCCCCGGACUGGUGCAUACGAUGAGCGACUAUGAGGCUGCUGGAUCUCGCGGAGAACCAGUCCCUGUGUCGCCCAUGAAGCGGGAGGACUCCAUGGCCCUUUCGCAGCUCUCUGAAAACCACGGUCGUUACAACGACACCACCCUCAGCCGCGAGGGUCUCAGCGAUCGAGAGACCUCGUACUCCUACGGCGGGUACAGUCCCGCUGCCACACCUACCCAUUCGUACAGCACUGCGAGAUCAGACGGGAUGUCUUUGGGUCGGGAUGGCACCACCCCUAGGAAGAAGGGGAAGACAAUGUCACUCAAGGUUCAGAUGCUGGAUGAUUCUGUACUUACUGUUGAUGUUGUGCAAAAUGCAACAGGUGUAGAUGUUUUUCUUGAAUGUUGUCGGUGUCUCAACCUUUAUGAGAUGGAUUACUUUGGUUUGGAAUAUUACACAAAGGGAGAUCAUUUGGUUUGGCUAGAACCCGAGAAACCUGUCCUCAAACAAGUUGCAGCUCCUAAGAAGACGUUAUUCCACUUUUCAGUCAAAUUCUACUUAUCGGAUCCAGGUCAGCUGCAUGAAGAAUUCACAAAAUACUUGUUUGCCUUACAAGUGAAGAAAGACCUAGCCAAUGGUAGAUUACCGUGCUCAGAAAACACAGCAGCCCUCAUGGCUUCAUAUAUCUUACAAGCCGAGGUUGGGGACUAUAGUCCGAUGGAACAUGACGAUGGUCGUUACAUCACAGCUUUCCGUUUCGUGCCCAACCAAUCAAGACCAAUGGAACUUAAGAUUCAGGAGUACCACAAGAACCACAUCGGUCAAACGAUGGCUGAUGCAGACUUCAAUCUCCUGGACGUUGCGAGAAGACUGGAGAUGUACGGGGUGCGUCUCCAUCCAGCCAAGGACUAUGAGAACGUCCAGCUCUAUCUGGCUGUAUCCCAUCAAGGUACCUUGGUCUUUCAGAACAACACAAAGAUCAACACAUUCUCCUGGGCCAAGAUCCGCAAGCUCAGCUUCAAGAGGAAGCGUUUCCUUAUCAAGCUACAUCCCGAAGGAUUUGGCUACCCAAGGAGCACCGUAGAGUUCCAGAUGGAAACGAGGAAUGACUGUAAACAGUUCUGGAAGAGCUGUGUAGAACAUCAUGCCUUCUUCCGUCUAACCCAGAUCAAGUAUCCCAGAUCAAGGAGGCGGCUCUUGAGUAGAGGAUCAACAUUCAGAUACAGUGGAAGGACACAGAAGCAAGUUGUUGAGCAGGCCAGGGUUGGAGGAAACUCAAGAUCAUUAGUGACAUUAAAUGCUUCAAGAAUGUCAACAAGAAGCCUUGGUGCUCCAAGGACCACCACCCCACUUACCAUCGACAUGACAGAGACAAUAGUCACUGAUCAUCAUAGUGCACCUAACCUGGCCUUCCCAGAUGACCCCACCUAUGCCAAACCCGACAUGCCUAAGAGUCCUGUCUCCGAGUCACCGACGUCGCCUCCGUCGUCGACUCCCAUCACGCCAGUCCAUGAGAACUCAAGGAUUGCCAUCCACAAAGGCCAGUCCAACUCAAGUAUCAUGUACGAGUACACAGUGAAUGAUGACAACUCACAGCAGCAGAACCAGGCUGAAGUGGAUCCAAGCCAGGCGAGCAGGCUGGCCAGUUCUUCAGGUUCCUUCAAUGCCAGGAUGGAGCCGGAGCCGUUGGUGUCUUCGGGAGAGACCAGACUGGAUGCCCUCUCGGAUGCAGAGCCCAAGAGGAAUGGAGACAUCAACAUGGGAGGCAAUCAGAGUUCUCCUGCCCCUUCACCCACCAAAUCUAUACCAACAUACAACAAUGAUACAUCAGAAGUAGUCUCAUCACCAGUCUCAAACCAUGAAGAAGAGCCUGUCAAGAAAAAGAGACACCCUCCUGACAGGGCAUACUUCAUUGCCAAAGAGAUCUUGACAACAGAAAGAACAUAUCUCAAAGACUUGGAAGUAGUUGUAGUAUGGUUCCGGAAAGCGACAACGAACGAGGCCAAUCUACCAGAGACCCUUGACAUUCUCUUCAGUCAUUUAGAUCCUAUUUAUGAAUUCCAUUGUAAAUUCCUCAAAGAAGUCGAACAACGCCUUUCAUCAUGGGAAGGCAGGCCCAAUGCCCAGGGCAAAGGUGGUUUCCAGAGAGUAGGUGAUAUACUUCUCAAGAAUGCUCAACAUUUGAAGCUGUACACGGGUUAUAUUGGCAAGCUUGAAGAGAUCCUGAGUGAUCUGGAGGCCUCGCUGAGAAAAAACAAGAAGUUUGAGUCUUUCUAUCGUGACUUUGAGAUCCAGAAGGUCUGCUAUCUACCCUUCAACACAUUCCUUCUCAAACCUGUUCAGAGGCUGUUACACUACAAACUGGUGCUAGAAAGGCUUGUGAAGCACUAUCAACCAUCACAUCCAGACUACAAGGAUUGCAAGGCUGCCAUGGGAGAUGUAGGAGACCUGACCGCAGACAUCGAGGACAGUGUCAAGAGGAUUGAGAACUUCCAGAAACUGACUGAGCUACAGAGAGAUCUGGUGGGCAUGGAUACGCUCAUACAACCAAAUAGGCAUUUCAUCCGAGAGGGUUGCCUUCACAAGCUAUCGCGUAAGGGAUACCAGCAGCGGAUGUUCUUUCUCUUCUCAGAUGUCUUGGUGUAUACCAGCAAAGGGGUCACGCCUACCAACCAAUUCAAAGUUCAUGGCCAAAUCCCUCUCAAAGGAGUUGUGCUUGAAGACAGUGAGCUUGACCGCUCUGUUGCAAACUGCUUCACAUUAUACGGAGGUAACAAAACGGUUGUUAUAGCAGCAAGCACACCGGAAGAAAAACUUAGAUGGAUGGAGGAUAUAAGGCUAGCAAUGAGUAUGUGCCAAGAUGACCAACCUACAGAUACAUUAAGUUCACCGGACCAAGAUUCAGCGUUUGAGGAAGCAGAAGAUGACGUAUCAUCACCGUCCAAGUCUAUAGAUCGUCAAUCACACCAUCGAGCUAAUACAACCGUUCAUGUUUGUUGGCAUCGUAAUACUAGCGUUAGCAUGGCGGACCAUGUCCAGGCUGUAGAGAAUCAGCUGAGUGGAUUUUUGUUGCGUAAAUUCAAGAACAGCAAUGGAUGGCAGAAGCUGUGGGUUGUUUUCACAAACUUCUGUCUCUUCUUCUAUAAAAGCCAUCAGGACGAUUACCCCUUAGCGAGCCUCCCCCUUCUGGGUUACUCUGUGAUGAUACCAGCUGAAGAAGAUGACAUUCGUAAAGACUAUGUCUUCAAGCUUCAAUUCAAGACCCACGUCUAUUUCUUCAGGGCAGAGAGCGAGUACACAUUCAGCAGGUGGAUGGAAGUGCUAAAAAGUGCCACCUAUUCCAGUAAGAUGGAGAAUGAUGUCAUGUAAUGGAUGCU